AUGGUUACAUGCUUCUGGAAAUGUUUUUUGGCAAAGCUGGCUUCUGGCAGGACAGCAGGAGCAACAUUCACGUGUGUCAUGUACCCGUUAGACUUGACAUGAACUCAUUUAGCUGCUGAUAGUGGGAAAGGUGCUGCUGAGCGGCAGUUCCAGGAACUUGGUGCCUGUAUUACUGAAAUUUCCAAGACAGAUGGACUUCGCCUGUAGCAGGGUUUUGGUGUUUCCCGACAAGGAAUCAUUGUAUAUUAAGCCUCCUGUUUCAGAUGUUACAACACCAUUAGGUUAGGCUUACUGCCAAAUCUGAAGCCAACUCCAUUUCUUUCCUUUUUCGUUGCUCAAGUUGUGACUACUUGCUCAGGAAUGCUGUCUUAUCCUUUUGACAGUGUCAGGAGAUGUGUGAUAAUGCAGGUACAAGGGGGCGGGACUGGACAUCAGUGUAAAGAAACCGUUGAGUGCUUUAUGAAAACAUACGAGCAAGAGGGAAUUAAUGCUUUCUUCUGUGGACCGUUCUCUAACAUCCUGUGUGGAACAGGUGGAGCCUUAGUAUGAGUUCUUUAUAAUGAAAUUACAGACUUCUUUUUAUCUUGA